UUAACUGUUACUAGGACUACAUUGCCAGGACUCCUUUCCGAUUGUAACCUUGACAUCUGAUUGAUUUGUAAAUGGAUCACGUCAAUAAGACAUUGCAUUUAUCUUUGAAGCAAGAUAUCAAAGUUUUAACUGAAACUAUCGAAAAUAUCGCUGUAGACACAGACUUCAAGUCAUGGAUGUUUCCUACAAAAAAAAGCGAAUUUGUGAAAGAAUUCAUCAAUGUAAACAGAGUUUUCGAAUAUGGUGAUACAGAAUUGUACUUAGAACUUCUAGUGGAUAGGUUGUACGUUGGAUUGAGAUUGGUUAUAUCCCACUUACAAAAAACGUUGAAUCAUGCUCGAAAUGAUGAAUCAGCUGAGGAUAAUAUAGUAAUACAAAAACCUAGGCAAAUUACCAUCGGUUGUUGUUUUUUGAACCUGUGGAAAAUAGUCGAAGCUCUUGCUAUCGAAAUGGCAGAUGACGGCAAUCAAACAAUAACUAUUCCAAGGAAAGCCAUGAGUAGAACAUACAGAAAUGGAAAAACUCAGACUGAUAAUAUUUCAUUAGAUAAAUGUGAUAGCUGUGCCUCUGCAAUAUCUUGCAUGAAGAGUUUAAUGGACAUUUUCGAAGAAUCUGAUGAUAUAUCAAUUAAAAAGAAGAUUCGCCCACGAAUAUUCGAUAUUACUCAGUUUGGGAGCAUGUUGCACACCACAAUUUCUGUGGAAAAUAGCGUGAAAUCUCUCGUUGCAAAAUUGGUUGGAAAACAGAGAGAAAACGAAGAACUCCAAAUGGAACUUGUGGAGCUCAGAAAAGAGAGUAGAGAAAAGGAUGGCAAAAUCAGUUUAUGCCAACAGGAAGUGAGGGUAUACAAGGAAAAAUGCCGAAAAAAUUCGGUGAUGAUAUCAUCCCUUCUGGAACAACGGGAAGCGUUUGUCAAGAAGAACUCUGAAGACCAUAAAGAAAGGGAAGAACUGAAAGAACGCAUAUCGAGACUGAACGAGUCAUCCAAAACUGAUGAAAUAACAAUCAAAAAUCUAAAAAUGGAAAACCAAAAGAUGACCGAUCAUUUCAUGACUUCGUUGAAUUUACAAAAAAUAUCUGCCCAUAAAAUAUCUGGCCUGCAAAAAAAUAUCGAAACUCUCGAAUAUGAGCAAGAACUAAUUUCUCAUGGGUUUCGGCAGUUUGAAGUAGCCAUUGAAAAUUUGAAUAUUAGGCUUAUCAAUAUUUCAAAAUGUCACAGUAAUACAGAGUACAAAAUCAAAACAUUGAACGAUGGUGAUUGGUUGGAAAAUAUACCAAACAUGAUAGUCAAAUUCAAAGUAUACAAGGAAAAUGUUAAAGAAAAAAUUGUUGAAGCGAGCAUUGAUCAAAUGGAAAAUGUCCCAGUUAUUCCCAAGUUUCAAAUUAAAGGCAACCCUUUAGAAGACAUAUCCAGGCAAAUGGAGGAAAACAGCGAGAAGAUUAGGCAACUGAAUGAAGAGAAUGCCAAGUUGCAAAUUAUCAUAUCUAGAUUUAAAUGUAUAAAAAAAUAAAUUACAUU